AUGAUUUCAGAUUUUAUUAAGGAUUACCCAAAAUUACAAAUUCUACUUUAUAUUUUAGGAUUAUUUGGUUUACUAAAGUGCACAAAAGUCUUAUAUUUAAUAUUGAAAUUAAUGUUACCAAGUACAAAUUUAACAAAAUAUGGAAAUAGGUCAUAAGAGCAUCAAAUGAAAUAGGAAAAUAAUUAGCAAUAAAAUUUUCAUACAAGGGAUUUAAAAUUAUUUUAAUUGCAAAGAACAUUUUCAAAAUUAGAUAGAGUGGCAUGA